AUCGAUGCCAAGUCCAGGAUUGUGGGCAUCGGCUACAACGGCCCGGACAUCGUGACCCUCAGGUGCGACGCACCCACUUUGACCGGGACCGCUUUCUACAUCUUACUACAGACGGUCGCCAGUUGGAAUUGCAGCUUGUUCGGCGGCGACGCCUUCACGGCAUUCCUGCAAGCCGACCAGACCAAGGCACAGCGUGAAAAGCCGAUCUACCUACGUCAACCCGCAGAAGGCUCACCAGGUGUUCAGCGAGGUGUUCUAUUGCUGGUUCAGAGGGCCAUCGUGGCCAUCUACGGAGUCAUGAACAGCUCUGUUCUGCUCUACAACACAUCGGGGCGCCUUACCACGGUCAUCGGCAUUCACGUGAACGACCUCAUCGGAGGCGCUGGUGCCAAAGACGGAGGACAACCAUUCGCAAGCAUCCGCCAGCGGUUCAUCUUCGGCAAAUGGCGGGACGACGAGCUGACCUACUGCGGCAGGCACAUUACUAAGAUCAAGAACGGCCAGAUCCUCAUCAACCAGAAGGAGUUCUGCAGCCAAUGUUUUCCAGCACCGCUGCCACGCUGGAGGCGCAUCGAAGAGAAGACCAAUUUCGCGA